AUGACUACAGUAGAAUUGACUCAUCACCUGUCAAGCGAAUUCAAGCGCUUGUACGAAGAACCAUUCAAUACAGAUGUUACUAUUCAAGUUGGAGAAGAAGGACACUCAAAAAAGUUCCACGCACACUGGUUGAUUUUGUGCGUACGUUCGUCAUAUUUCAAAAGAGAACUAUCUUAUGACAAAGAUGACAGCCAAGAAAACUCACCGAGAGACUGCUCCAUUCCCCAUGUUAUUGAACCCAUUAAGCCUGAGACAUUUGAAAAGUUACUUCGUUACAUAUAUACGGGAAUAUUUACUAUUGAGGACGACAUUAAUAGUAAUCUGGAGAUUGUUGAGGGCGCGAAAACGCUUGAACUGAAUCGCUUGAUGGAAACAAUGCAAAGCAAGCUGAUUAAGGAAAAGAAAGAGACCAUACACCAUCGAUUUGUGCGUGUGAGUCGUUUCGCAUCUCAACAUAAGGAAUUUGAAAUUCUUAACGAUUUUUGCAAGGAGACCAUUGAAAACUCUCCAGAGAUUAUAUUUGCUGCCGCAGAUUUCUCAGAUAUUGAUAAUGAAACUCUGGUUGAACUGUUAAAUCGAGAUAUUGAUUUACCUGAAGGUAAAAUAUGGGAACACGUUCUUCGUUGGGGCGUAGCCAAAAAACCUGGACUCGAAUUUGAUUCCUGGAACGAUUUAGAAUGGUCUCAUGCACAUGGAGAGUUUGUGAAGGAUAUACUUAAAGAUUGUAUUCCACUUGUAAGAUUUUUUCACAUGGAUAAUGACGAUUAUAUUGAAAAAGUCGUGCCACUUCUUCAUUUGCUCCCAUACCAGCUACGGGUAGAUAUAAUUCGUUACAAACAGACUUUUGGUGCAUAUAAACCUAAAUCAGAAAUAUUACCACCUAGAAAAAGAGUGUCAACUACAACAAGGAAGGAUGCUGGUACUACCUCAGACUCCUCUGCAAGAACUUCAUACCCGACUCGUGCAAUAGAUAGUGAAAGUGAAUCUUCAAAGCCUCAACCAGAAUCCAGAAGAUCACAGACGCCUUCAGGUAUUAAUACUGAAAGCCCACCACCACAUACACAGGCAAAAGUCCCUCAGAUACAGAAUGUAUCAUCAGCAAUUCUUAAUCGUGUACAGAUUCAUCGUGAUGGUUAUAAACCAAGUAUUUUCCAUAAUUUAUGUGAUAAUCAAGGGCCUACUAUUACAGUUAUUAGAACCAAAGAGAAUAACGAAAUAAUUGGAGGAUUUAACCCCACAAGCUGGAACAGAGCACUUAAGGAAUACACAAAUACAUCUAUUAGCUUUUUAUUUGCAGUGAAGUCAAGUGGCAAUGUUUUAAGUCUUUGUAAAAAACCUGCCAUGGCUGUUUGGAAUGGCCCAAAUUGUGGGCCAACUUUUGGUAAGGACUUAGCUCUUAGUGGUGGUUUUGUUGUUGCUGGCAAUUCUACAAUUCAGGAUUCAUAUGAUAAACCUAUUAGGAAUAGUAUGGGCAUGUUUUCUGUGAAGGAAAUUGAAGUCUUUCAAGUUGUUUAUGAUCAUGAUGUUGAAUAA